CCGUCAUUGAACCGUCAAGCUAGAAACAGUGCCGCUGCAGCGGCAGAUCAGAUGUUUCUGUUUAAUUAUUUUUGCAUCCAAUUUACGUAAAAUCAUGCACGCGACGUAGAAUGAAGCGUUUUACAGAGAAAGUGCAUCAUGAGCAGCAACAAGAAGUGGUAUGGGUAAUGCGCGAAGACGUUGUUACACCAGAGCAACAACAAGGGAAACGGAAACCAAAUGCGGAAGAGGAAAAUGAAUCACUUAAACUUCCAAUUGUUUACUCAAACAGUUAUGGAGUACGUUUUUGUGGCAUGGAAAAACUGCAUCCCUUCGAUGCCGCUAAGGGGGCUCAUGUUUUGAAAUGCCUACUGCACAGCGAAGUACUCUGUCCCGGUCAGUUUUAUGAACCAACAGAAAUUACAAAGGAAGACCUACAAAAAGUACACACACGCCAAUAUUUACGUAGUUUAAAGUGGAGUCUGAAUGCAGCUAAAAUAUCGGAAAUCCCUUUGCUUCUUUUUGUACCUAACACAUUUGUGCAGCGUGGCUACUUACGUCCCAUGCGCUUCCAAACUGCUGGCUCUAUAUUAGCCGGAACUUUGGCUCUGCGGUACGGUUGGGCUAUUAAUUUGGGUGGUGGAUUUCAUCAUUGUUGUGCCUAUAAGGGCGGUGGCUUCUGCCCAUAUGCCGAUAUUACUUUGUUAAUCACAAAAACAUUUGAAGAGGAGCCUGAUGUUGAGACAGCUAUGAUUGUCGAUUUAGAUGCACAUCAGGGUAAUGGACACGAACGUGAUUUUCACGAUAAUAAUAAAGUUUUCAUUUUGGACAUGUAUAAUGCGUCUAUAUAUCCGCGUGAUCAUGAAGCCAAAUUGGCCAUACGUUGUGCUGUGGAGUUGAGACCGCGCACCGCGGAUGAAAUUUACCUGAGGAAAUUGAAGAGGUCUCUAAAACAUUCCUUGAAUGAAUUUCGUCCCGAUUUAUUGGUUUAUAAUGCUGGAACAGAUGUCCUCUUAGGAGAUCCACUAGGCCUACUCUCCAUUACGCCCGAGGGUGUGAUGGAGCGUGAUCAAUUUGUUUUUGCCACCUGCCGUGAACAGCGCAUACCUAUUGUAAUGUUACUCAGCGGCGGUUAUUUGAAGUCGUCUGCAAAGGUCAUAGCCGACUCUAUUGUUAAUCUAAAAGCCAAGGGUUUGCUUGCCAGCUAAAUGCUAUAUAAAUAUUGGAGAUCUUCAACAAAAUUU